GCUAUAUUUGUGAGAGACUGAGAGUGAGAGCAAAGAGAAACACUUGUGAUGCCAACUGCCAUGGCUGUCGCCGUGGCCGUUUCUCCUCCAUUUCUGGGCCGUACCCUUAGGAAAACCUUUUCUGGAAGGCGCAUCCCAAAUUCAGAUGUUCGGUUUAGCAUAAAAGCCAUAUUUUGGGGGCCAAAGAAGGCCGUUGAGCCCACCAAACAGGAGCUAUCCCUUGGAGACUUCAGUUUGUCAGAAUUAGGGGCGGAGGGUGAUACAAGUAGUUUUGACAAGGACAGAAAGCUGUCAGUUCGAGUGGUUUCAUCCAUAUCAGAGAUUUUACCACAUGAGUGGGAUGCUUGCAGUGUUGAUGCUGCAGGCCCUGACAAAUUUAAUCCAUUUCUUACCCAUGGUUUUCUUUCGAGCCUCGAGGAGACAGGUUGUGCAGUGAAGGAAACAGGAUGGGUUCCCCAACAUAUUGUUGCACAAGAUGAAUCUGAUAAUGUUCUUGGAGUCAUUCCUCUGUAUCUGAAAAGCCAUUCUUAUGGUGAAUAUGUCUUCGACCAUUCAUGGGCAGAUGCCUAUUAUAGUUGUGGAUCAAGCUACUAUCCAAAGUUGCAAUGUUGUGUGCCUUUCACACCUGUUACUGGCCCAAGGAUCUUAGUUCGUAACACAAGUUACCGGGAUCAGGUCUUUGAUAUUUUAGUGUCUGCAUUGGUGGCGCUGACAAUUAAGUAUCAGGUUUCAUCACUACACAUCACUUUCCCCUCUGCAGAUGAGGCGGGGAAGUUAAAAGAGAAGGGUUUUUUGCAGAGAGUGGGAAUGCAGUAUCACUGGAAAAAUCAUAACUAUAGAAGUUUUGAUGAUUUUUUGAUGGACAUGAAACAAAGUAAAAGAAAAACUAUUCGGCAAGAGCGGAAGAAGAUUUCUGCUCAGAAUUUGACCAUGAAACGCCUGCGAGGAUAUGAGAUUAAGGCUAAACACUGGGACACAUUCUAUAAGUUCUACCGGAACACCACAGACAAUAAGUGGGGAAGUGCUUAUCUAACAAGAGAUUUCUUCCACGAAAUGGCUUCAAAGCUGGGUGACGGGGUGUUACUUGUUACUGCAGAAGAAGGGGAUGAACUCGUUGCUGGAGCUCUUAAUCUUAUUGGAGGAGACACAAUAUACGGACGAUUAUGGGGAUGUCUUCCUCAUGCAUACUACCCAAAUCUGCACUUUGAAGCCUGCUAUUAUCAGGCCAUAGAAGCAGCGAUUGAACUCAACCUUGACAAGGUAGAGGCUGGAGCGCAAGGUGAGCAUAAGAUCCAGAGAGGUUAUAUGCCGGUAGCGACCUACAGCUGCCACUAUAUCUUGGAUGAAGACUUCAGGAAGUCGAUUUCAAAUUUCUUGAUACGAGAACAAGCUCAGCUCGAGUAUGUUAUGAAAGUGUUGCGUGAAUCUGGGCCGUUUAAGGACAAUGCCACUUGAAGUGGUGAGCGACAGAACACCAAUAGGGAAGAGACGGCAGUAUUGCCAUUGCCAACCCCUUUCGAUCGAAUGAAGUAUCAGAUGAGGUUGAUUACCAUACCUUAGAAGAUGGACAAGAAGGUUGACUAUUUAUAGUGUGUAGCAGAUGCAGGUGGACAGGGAAAAGCACAUUGUACAUAUGUUGCAGGGUAAAACCACCUUGCACAAAUUUGUAAAUAAUUCUACUUCCACACCCUUGCUAAUGUCAUGUGCGUCUAAAAAGCCACUUACCAAGCAAGUGGGGAUAUUUACUCCAAAGAAAAAAAAUUUAAAACAA